AUGGCGGAUUCCGCUUCCCCUCACAGUCCAGUCUCGAGCGUUCCUUCAGCGUGUUCAGUAGUUGGUUGUAUCCUCUUGUUGCUCGUCCCGAAGCCAUCAGACUUGGUUCUUCAGAAGUUGCAUCAGCCCUUAGUCCUCGAGCUUCAGCUUGUUAACAUCUCUUUCAUUCUCCUAUCCUGUUCUUCCAGAUUCACAUAUGGAAAAAGAAAAUAUCAAUUCCCACUCUAUGGUUCGUCGAAGCCAAGUCAAAUCCACCAAGCCUAUAAAGACAACAAAAUCCUCGGAAAUGUCUACUAAAAGUAGUGACCAUAAUGAAAAAAAUAUUCAAAUUAUCCCAGAUUCACAUAUGGAAGAAAAAAAACCCAAUUCUUUAAAGACAACACAAAAUAUGAACAAAACCCAAACAAAAAAUGUUUUAAAACCCACCCCCCCGGAAAUUUCUACUCAAAGUAGUGACCAUAAUGAAAUUAUCCCUUCAUCCCCAGAAGUUGAAAUACCAGAGACUUCGUACGGACAGGGAAUACAUGACAUGCAAAAUACAGCUGUGCAGGGUAUUUUGCGGGUUCCUUCAUAUUCAGAAUCCGAGGCAUCAAAUAAAAGAAGAAAAACAGAACACCAAUCAAAGCCCAAAAAAAUCGUAACUUUUGCACCCACUACCUUGGGGAUUUCCACUGAAAGUAGUGAUUAUAAUGAAGACAGCGCCUCUUCAUCACCUGAAUUGACAGAGACACCUCAUUCCACUGAAAGCAGUGAUGAUAAUGCAGAUAGCAUCUCUUCACCUGAAUUUUCAGAAACAUCUGGAAAUCAUCCCGAAUCAAUGAUUCCACAUUGUGAAAACCAUCUAGAAUCAAUGAUCCCUCAUUCUGGAAAUUAUCCAGAAUCGAUGAUUCCACAAUGUAGAAACCAUUUACAACCAAUGGUUCCUCAUAGUACAACUCAUACAGAAUCAAGGUUGCCACAUUAUGGAACCCAUCCUGAAUCAAUGACCCCUGAUGAUGGAAUUCAUUCAGGAUCAAGGCUGCCACAUUAUGGAAACCAUCCAGUAAUAAUGUGGCCUGGUUUUAGAAACCAUCCGGAAUCAAUGAUGCCUUUACUAAGAAACCGUCCCCAAUCAAUGAUGCCUCAACCUAUAAACUAUCCCAGAUCAAUGAUGCCUCUACUUACAUACCGUCCUGGAUCAAUGAUGCGUCUGCCUCUACCUAUAAACCAACC